AUGGCAAACAUUGAGAGAGCCUUCGGAGUGACGAACAUCAAACACCGUAUACCUUUGGUGUUGGAUCUCGACGUGUUCAACUAUGACGCGUGGAGAGAGCUCUUCCUCACCCACUGCUUAACCUUUGAUCUUCUAGGACACGUCGAUGGAACCUCCGUACCGACCGACGACGAUGAUCUCGCCUGGAAGAAGCGUAACGGCUUAGUCAAGCUUUGGAUCUACGGUACGCUUGCCCCGCCACUCUUCAAGUCUUCUUUCAAAACUGGUGGUUCAGCAAGAGACAUAUGGCUCCGGAGAGAGAACCAGUUCAGAAACAACAAGGAAUCUCGGGUGAUCCAGCUCGACAAUGAUCUUCGAACCAAAGAAAUUGGAGAUCAAUCAAUCCAUGAGUACUCACAGAGUCUCAUAUCCAUUGCUGACCUGUUGGAGAAUGUUAAGGCUCCUGUCAGUGACAAAAUUCUCGUUAUGUACAUGCUCAGUGGACUUAAUGAGGAGUUUGAUCACAUAAUAAAUGUGAUAAAACAUCAAAAGCCAUUUCCGACAUUUGAAGAAUCUCGCAAUAUGCUAGAGCUGGAGGAAACACGCCUCAAAAAGCCAAUCAAGGGGUCUUCUUCUCACUCCAACGCUGCUUCAUCUUCAUCAGCCCUCGUUGCAACGGUUCCUCACAACAAAUCAGCGGACAUCAACCAAAGACAGCAACACAACAACCGCGGCAAUCGCAGAGGCGGUCGAGGACGGGGACGCUACAACUAUAAUCAAUGA